ACGUAUGCAGACAAGCUAUAAGCAGGUGUAGGUGAAAUGUAUUGUGGCUGGAGUGAAUCUCAGUUUUCCGUCAAAGUUUUUUUUAUCCAUCAAUUGUGUUUCCUGAAUUUUUCACCAGCCAAUUAAUCACGCAAUUACUGAUAUUUGCCCGACAUAACGAUUAACCAGUGCGGAAUAUUCAUUGAGAAAUUUCUAAUACUGUCGAACAAUAAUUCAGGAGAUUGAUUUAAUUCCAAAGUUAGAAACGAGAUUUGGCAUCAGUGGAAAAGCAUAUUUACAUACCCCUCAAAUAGACGAAACCAACAAAAUUUUCAUGAGCUGUCAGUUGGUCGUAAACAUCAAGUUAUUUAGUACGGCACAUACUUCUACUUCAGGGAAUUGAGCCAUAAAGGGGAAGAAGGAGAAAUUGUUUAGUACGAUGUAGAAUACUGGGCGUAACCCAACUAUUCGGUUAAUCGUUAUCCAUAAUCAUGGAACUACACAGUUUUGUGAAAUUCGUUGCGGUAUUGAUGAUCUUUUAUUCUACGUGAUCGAUUGCAAUAUCCUAUAUCCAUUGCAUUGCCUAAGGCAUCAUUCAUUAAUUGCAACACAUUCAAGUAUUCUGAAUGGAAAAUUGACAGACAUAAUUCAUUGAAAUUUUCAUAUGUUGGAACGUUGAAUAACAUUUUGGGGUUUAAAAAACGAAUGACUUCUAUUUAGAAAAGGAGGCAGGGUUGAUGUUUAUUGGAUUGCAUCCAAUCGAAAAGUGGAUUACUGUUGAACAGUUUGGGACUCAACUUUUGAUGAAUUAACCUUUCAAAUAUCCGAAAAAUACCUGUGAGAAGUAAGAAGUAUAUCUGAAAUUCUCACUUCUGCUUUAUGUAUGCGUAUUUCAUCAUUUUGACUGAAAAUUUGAGAAAGUACUCCUUCCAGUCAACAACUGGAUCAUAGCAUGGAAGAGCCAAUACCCCACGGGGAGAUCCCAGGGACAAAAGACCCCAUAAAGGCAGAGCCAACAGCACAUGCAAGUCCAGAAGACAGGGGCGGGGCAAACUCUCCCACGCCAGAAUGCAGUAUAUGCCUGGGGCACCUGGUAAAUACCUCCUUUACUGAUAGCUGUUUGCACCAGUUUUGCUUCACCUGCCUUCUACAGUGGUCCAAGAUAAAGACUGAAUGUCCACUUUGCAAGCAGACAUUUAAAUCUAUAAUUCAUAAUGUACGCUCAGAGGAGGAUUACGAUCAGUAUCACGUGCCAAGAGAGAUGGUCGGACCUCCCCAGAUUUCACCACUGGUAGACAUCAACCUCGAGCUCAUUAAUUUGGAUUAUGAUUUCAUCAGACACGUUCAGGAUCCAGUGGCCAGAAGAUUUGCAUACAGAACGACUAUAACUCCCAAUAGGAGAUUUAGGCUUCUGUCGAAUUCAACUCAAACUCAGGCAGGCGCUACUGGUGAUGGAGUAUCAACAGUAUCACGCGAGGAGCAAAGAUAUAGACGUCGUAAUCCUUCGGAGUAUAGGAGAAAUGUGUAUAGACACGGAGAAUGGUCAGCCCCCCUCCCUGGACAUUAUGCUGGAGCCCUUGAACACAGCGCUGGAUUCUUCCGGACGAAUCCAUAUGAGCUAAACCGAUUAAUUCCUUGGAUCAAUCGAGAUCUUCAGAUCCUACUCAACGGAAAUGAGCCUCAUAUUGCAUAUGUUCUGAGAACGAUAAUGGAUUCUUUAACAAGACACGACCUGAGGAGUGCUGAAUUAAGGGACGUCCUCAGGCCUCACUUCGGUAUCCAUACUGAUCAUUUUCUCCAUGAGCUGAUGAAUUACGCUCGGACGGGCUUCGAGAUCGCAGCGUAUGACAACUAUAUUACUUAUCCGACUCAUGGCCUGCCCAGUGGCUACAUGAAUAGUGUUCAAUCACCUACGCAGACGAGCAGCAGCAGCAGUAGUUCAUCCAGCGAUGAUUCCGAUGUGAGAGUUGUAGAUCAUGUGGAUGUUCAGCAGGUUGAGAUGCCUGCUAUUGGACCUCAUCCGAUCGAUGUGCCAGGACCGAGCACGGUGAGCCAAACCUUACAAAUUUGUCCUCCAACAGCCUCGCCGACGAUUUUUACAAUCUCUUCAGAGUCCGAGGAAUCUGACUGCGAGGUUGUAGGCUACGUAAAACCUCGUCACGAGAGAACUCCCGAGAUUAUUGAGAUUGCCUCGUCCGACGGUGAAAUGGCUGGUCCUAGCACCUCCGUUCCCCUGGGUUUCAUGCCCCACUCUCCCUCCUUGACUUUCAUUCCACAGGAUGAGCCGAGUACAUCUCAGGAGAUAAUUCGCAGGAAUCCUCGCGGAACCCGUCGUAAAGCCUCCAUGCAUAUUGUUCCCAUAGACUGCGAAUUCAGUGAUUCUGUUUCGGAGGACGAUAAAAUUGAAGGAGUAAAAAAGCCCCCCACGAUGAAACACACAAGGAAGGCCUCGAAAACCUGUAAGAAAAGUCCGAGGAAGCAAUCCCACAAAAAAAUCUUUCAGAAUUCUAAAAAACGAACCAGAAAAACAUCGAGUUCCGACGAUGACUCCCUUCAAGAUUCAAAGAAGAGGAAAACAAAACGUUCUCAGAAGUUUCGAUCUCGAACUGUAUCCCACUCUAGCUCGGAGGAAGAUAGCCAAGCCCACCCGACUAAUAAGAAAGCCCUUAUCAUUAAAAUUCGAAAGGAUCUGACGAAGCAAAGUCAGAGCCAGAACGACAGACACACUGAGGACUCAUCUUCCAGCAGUACAAAUUCGUCAAGUUCAUCGUAUUUUAGUGAGAGUGAUUUCAGCUCCAAUACCUCAGAUACAAACUUACCCUUGAAAAAGCGAAAAUGUGAAAGGGGUCGCAGGAGAACUGCUCAUUUUCGUGAUAAAGACAGAAGAUCGAGAGGAAAAAUGAAGUCGACUGUCAUCAAGUGUGUGCCUGUGGACUCGACUAUCUUAAGAAAGGAUGCAACCAAGAAAGAGUGGUAUGUCGAUAAGAAAGUGGAUAGGAGUCCGAGCAAAUCGUGUAAUGAGGAUAAACAGGACACUAGGCUUCGAAUUUCCAUCAGUGAAUACAGGGAGAGGAAGGUCAUGGAGAUGUCUUCUACUGAAUCUCCGGGGGAUGGUGAGAGGCGCUCUAACAGCCAAUGUAGCUCAAGGUCUGCGCGCAUACAAGGCAAGUACAGGAAGCAUAAAAGCAAACGCAAGGAAUGCGGGAGGAGCUUGGAAGAGUCUGUGGAGAAACUUUCGAGUGAGGCAAAGAAUACAAACAAACGCAAGAAGACGCACAAGAAGUAUAAAAGUUUGAAGGGGAAGCAUUCUAAGGUGAAAAACAAAAGUGGGAAGAGAUCUUGGGGGUCUUCAGGGUAUUCCGGAACAUCGUCAGAUUAAAUACUUGCAAUCUUUUUUUUCUUUUGCUCGCUUCACUCUUCAAAUUGUACUUGAAUAAACUCUAUUUUUUACUUGUGGAUAUAUUAUUGUUAUGAGGAAUUCGAUUUUUCGGAGAGGGAGCUUUUUUCAGGGAACCGUAAGGAUUCUGUUUAUGUAAUUAAUGAAAACCGUUAAUUUGUGCAGUAAAUAUAUUUCUAUGUAUGAUCCAGUUUCUUGUAAUACAUGAUUAAGUUGAAGAAAGGAAACAUUUAAAAUUAUUUAUUUGAACCUGG